AUGUCUUCCAAUACUGAUGGCCUGCCUCCCUACCAGGAGAAGCCUUCUUCUGCUCAAGAAACAACAGCUCCUAGUGCUCAGUCCAGCCGCCUCGCUUACCCCAGCCGCCUUGCUGGUAGCAUCCAAACUUGCUCGAUAAGCGAUGGCUAUAUGGACCAUUUCUCUAUCACUCGUGUUUCUGAUUCAACCUACCAUCUAGCUCUUACGGUAGACCCUACACCCAUUUAUCGCAUCGAACUCAUCCUUGGGCCUACCAAAGUCGGCAAUAUCCAAAUUUUCUCUGCGUCUGAUACCACGCUCCCUGCUCUUGCUGCAGCCCGCACAUCAGCUGAGAAGAAAGGCAAGAAGGUGCCUGUGGGCACGAUAUGCACCUCCUCACCCACUGAGCCUGACGCGCACUGGCGUCCCGUCUUUUGCACGAAAGACGGCUAUGCAUGGUUCCGGUACAGCAGCGAGAUACCAGUCGUCAAGGUGCCUGGCCGAGCUGCCAAACCUCAAACUUUCGAAUGGGAUGUCGACGAUGAGGAACCUACACGACUGUGGUGGCAAGGUCCACUCCCCUUCCAACCACGACCGCUGCAUACUGCGGAUCCAAAAUCGUUGCCCUUUCUCUUUGCGCAAGUAAAAUUUGAGCCUGAUGAGGGGGAGCAUUUGGUGCAAAUCCGGAGGGGAGGAGGCAUUGAUUUUGAGUUGAGCGUUAUUUUGGAGGCAUUUCUGUUCUCAAACCUGAGUAUGAAAGUGAAGUCGGCCUGA